GGCGCCGGGGCCAAGGGACAAGUUGGAGCUGUUGAUCUGUUGCGCAAUUGUUAUUUUCCCCAGAGCGGCUUUGUCUUUGGAUUUAGCGUUUCGGAAUUGCAGUUCCAAAAUGUGUAAGGCAGGAUAUUCUGUUCUCUGCUGUCAAGGGACAUGGAUUUGAUUGACAUACUUUGGAGGCAAGAUAUAGAUCUCGGGGUAAGUCGAGAAGUUUUUGACUUCAGUCAACGACAGAAGGAGCAUGAGCUGGAAAAACAGAAAAAGCUUGAAAAGGAAAGACAAGAACAACUCCAAAAGGAGCAAGAGAAAGCCUUUUUUGCUCAGUUACAACUAGAUGAAGAGACCGGUGAAUUCCUCCCCAUUCAGCCAGCACAACACAUACCAUCAGAAACCAGUGGGUCUGCCAACUACUCCCAGGUAGCCCACAUUCCCAAAGCAGAUGAUUUGUACUUCGAUGACUGCAUGCAGCUUUUGGCAGAGACAUUCCCGUUUGUAGAUGACAAUGAGGUUUCUUCGGCUACGUUUCAAUCACUUGUUCCUGAUAUUCCCAGCCACACCGAGAGCCCAGUCUUCACUGCUCCUCAUCAGGCUCAGUCACCUGAAACUCUUGUCGUUCAGGUAGCCACUGCAGAUUUAGACGAUAUGCAGCAGGAGAUUGAGCAAGUUUGGGAGGAACUGUUAUCCAUUCCAGAAUUACAGUGUCUUAAUAUUCAAAAUGACAAGCUGGCUGAGACUAGUACAGUUCCAAGUCCAGAAACCAAACUGACAGAAAUUGACAAUUACGAUUUCUAUUCACCAAUGCCCUCACUGGAUAAAGAAGUAGGUAACUGCAGCCCACAUUUUCUCAACGCUUUUGAGGAUUCCUUCAGCAGCAUCCUCUCCACUGAAGACUCCAGCCAGUUGACAGUGAACUCAUUAAAUUCAAGUGCCACAGUAAAUACAGAUUUUGGUGAUGAAUUUUAUUCUGCUUUUGUAGCAGAGCCCAGUACCAGCAAUGGCAUGCCCUCCUCUGCUACUUUAAGCCAGUCACUCUCUGAACUUCUAAACGGGCCCAUUGAUCUCUCUGAUCUAUCACUGUGUAAAGCCUUCAAUCAAAACCACCCUGAAAGCACAACAGCAGAAUUCAAUGAUUCUGACUCUGGCAUUUCACUGAACACAAGUCCAAGCAUGGCAUCACCAGACCACUCAGUGGGAUCUUCUAUCUACGGAGACACACUGCUUGGCUUCAGUGAUUCUGAAAUGGAAGAGACAGACAGUGCCCCUGGAAAUGUCAAACAGAAGGGUCCCAAAACACAGUCAGUGUGGCCUUCUGGGGACCCAGUCCAACCUUUGUCAUCAUCACAGGGGAAGAGCGCUCCAGCACCUGAUUCCCAGUGUGCAAACGCACCAAAGAAAGAAGUGCCUGUAAGUCCUGGUCAUCGAAAAACCCCAUUCACAAAAGACAAACAUUCAAGCCGCCUGGAGGCUCACCUCACAAGAGAUGAGCUACGGGCAAAAGCUCUCCAUAUCCCAUUCCCUGUAGAAAAGAUCAUUAACCUCCCAGUUGAGGACUUCAAUGAAAUGAUGUCCAAGGAGCAAUUCAAUGAGGCUCAACUUGCAUUAAUUAGAGAUAUACGUAGGAGGGGUAAGAAUAAAGUGGCUGCUCAGAAUUGCAGAAAAAGAAAACUGGAAAAUAUAGUGGAACUGGAGCAAGAUUUAGAUCAUUUAAAAGAUGAAAAAGAAAAAUUGCUCAAAGAGAGAGGAGAAAAUGACAAAAGCCUCCAUCUAUUGAAAAAACAACUCAGCACCUUGUAUCUUGAAGUCUUCAGCAUGCUACGUGAUGAAGAUGGAAAGCCUUACUCUCCAAGUGAAUACUCCUUGCAGCAAACAAGAGAUGGCAAUGUAUUCCUUGUUCCCAAAAGCAAGAGGCCAGAUAUUAAGAAAAACUAGAUUUUGACCUUUUCUGAUCUAGUGAUUUUGGGUUUUUUUGUACUGUUAUACUAAAAAAGCUCCUACUGUGAUGUGAAAUGCAGAAAUAUACUUUAUAAGUAAUUCUAUGCAAAAUUAUACUCAACUAGUGUAGAAAAUACAAAACUUUUAAGAAGCAUUAAAAUAAGUUAUCAGUAUGCUGAAUCAGUAGUUUCACUUUAACUUUGUAAACUUAAAAUUUCUUAGAACACCAUUUGGGCUAGUUUCUGUAUACUGUAAAUACUACAAAAACUCCUUAUUUAUACUGUUCUUAUCUCAUUUGUUACCUUCAUAGAUUUAUAUGAUACAUCUGGCUAAAAAGCAAAUUGUUGCAAAACUAACCACUAUGUACUUUUUUUUUUAUAAAUACCAUAUGAACAAAAAAAAAAUGGCAUUUUUUUUUUAUAUUAAAUUGUUUAGCUCUGGCAAAAGACAAUUUAGUUGAAAAACUGGUACUAAUAAAGGAAUAUCAGGACCGUU